AACAAACACAAAAACACAUUUUUCCCAUUCAUCCUUCUUCAUCGAAUGGAAUAUCCCAAUUUUCAGUUCUCAGCUUCAUCCUCCACCGCCGCCAAGAUCGAACGCCGAAUCAUAGAAAAAAACAGAAGAAAUCAAAUGAAAAACCUCUGUGAUCAACUCAAGUCCCUCGUCCCACAACAAUAUUCAAAGGAGGUUUCAUUGGCAUUGCCCGAUCAGAUUGACGUAGCAAUUAAGUACAUAAAAGAUCUGGAGAAGAAAGUGAAUUCAGCUAAAGAAAAGAAAAAUCGAUUACAAGGGAAAAACAAAAGCGCCAUAAACAUGGAUUCUUCUUCUUCGUCUUCUCCUCAGCUUAAAAUAAACCAAAUGGGUAAAAGUUUAGAGAUAGUUUUAAGCAGUGGAAUCGAUAAUCAGUAUCUGUUAUGUGAAACCCUUAGGAUUCUUCAAGAAGAAGGCAUUGAAGUUGUUAAUGCAAGCUUCUCUGUUUCUGGGAAAUCUGUUUUUCACACCAUCCAUGCAGAACUUGGUGAUUCGAUGGUCGAAUUUGGGACGACGAAAGCGACGGAGAGAUUGAAGAGAUUGGUUUACGGAUCGAACAGUGAUGUUGAAUUGCAGAAGGAGAAGCAAUGGUGGGAAGAAUUUCCAUCUGAGAAUUGGGAUAUUUAAGUUAUGGAAAAUGUUAUGCUUAAUUAAGUUAACAAACAAAACAUGAGAUUUUAAAAUAGAAAACAAAACAAAACAAAACAAAACAAAGUGCUGAAAAGAGAAAGUAUUUGUCAGUCAGAGUUUGUUGGCUCCAAAUGUAUUGGGACUUUACACCAAAAGUACUUUGAUCUAUGCAUCCUUUUACUUCCCUUUA